AAGCUCUCUCAAACCUCCCACCCAAACCACAAAAAUGGACGACCCAGCCUUCACAACCCCAACCCUCUCCCUCACAACGCAAACCAUCCUCCUCCACGCCUCAACCCACAACCUCCCGCUCCUCCUCCCCCUCCUCCGCACCGCCGGCGCUGCUUCCGUCCGCGACCCCGAAACCGGCACGACGCCCCUCCACGCCGCGAUCGCCUCCUGCUUCGAGCCCGACGCCGAUAUCGCGGCCGCGGAAGAGGUUGUUAGGGAAUUGUUCCUGGCGGGCGCGAUUUGGAAUGAUUAGAUGGAGGUUGGAGAGAAUGGGGAGAAUGGGACGAAUGGAGAGAUGCAGGAGCAUGAAGUGGCGGUUGGACCAGCGGAAGAGAUUGAGUUGGGGAGAGAAGAGAAGAGGGAUGUUAAUUCUGAAGACUACCUGAACAGCAAGCUGAAAUUCGAGGACGAUAAAUUGCUGGAUGGGGACGCGAAUGGGGUUAUGAUGGCGUGGGAGACGGGUAUCAUGCGGAAGACUGUUGAUCUCUUGAUCCCGGAUCUGAAGCCUGGUGCUAGGGUCCUGAAUAUUGGGUUUGGGAUGGGGAUCGUGGAUAGGAUGUUCAGGGAUACGAAGCCGAAGAGCCAUCAUAUCGUCGAGGCGCAUCCGGCUGUGUUGGAGAAAUUAUCUGAGGAGGGGUCGGACUUUGGGAAAGCGUGGGAAGAGAGUGCGCCGGAGGGUGGGAAGUAUACGGUUCAUGCGGGCAAGUGGCAGGAUGUUUGUCCGAAGUUGUUGGAGGAAGGAGAGGUGUUUGAUGCGAUAUACUUUGAUACCUUUGGAGAGGAUUAUUCGCAGUUGAAACACUUCUUCACGGAGCUUGUGCCCGGGCUACUUGAUGGCGACGGAAGGUUUGGAUUCUUCAAUGGACUGGGUGCAGAUAGGAGAGUCUGUUAUGAUGUCUAUUGUAGGGUUGCUGAGUUGGAUCUAUGUGAUGCGGGCAUGGAUGUCGACUGGACUGAUGUUGAGGUUCCGGUUGAAGGUAUGGAGAAGGAGGGUGAGGGUGAGUGGAAGGGCGUGAGGAGAAGAUACUGGACACUGGACAAGUAUCGACUACCUAUAUGCACAUUCUUGGGAUAAAAAAGCUGGGGCUAGCGGAAGUCGUAUGGUGAAUAUGAACGAGACGAAGAACGAAACAUUAUGAUACCCUGCAUUAGACGGCGUUCACAGAAAAAGGAUAGCAGGAGCUGUUGUAAAGCCAUGCUUGCAAGACUAAGCUAAAUACACU